AUGACUCUGGGAGAACUCAAGCAAGGGGUAGAGACAGUGCCAAAGCCAAGGUCUGCCUUACUUCCCUCGUCCAUACCCUCUUCCAUACCUGGAUGGAACUACCCUAACCCCUCUCCUUCAGAGACUCCAGCCCUGGUGCAUAAGUGUUUCAAACUUCAAAAGAAGGUAGUCAAAGUGGAGGACCAGCAUGUUCGAUCGGUAGCGGGAGCGGAGAGUGGACCCCAGAGAGCCCUGAGCAGUCCCACCGCUGCCGCCGGCCUAGUUACCAUCACACCCCGGGAGGACCCGCAGCUGCCGCAGCCGGCCCCAGUCACCAUCACCGCAACCAGCAGCGAGGCCGAGACCCAGCAGCCGUCUGCCGCCCCCCGCGCCGCCCCCACCCUCAGGGCCGCCGACACCAAGCCCGGCACCACGGGCAGCGGCGCAGGGAGCGGCGGCCGGGGCGGCCUCACAUCGGUGGCGCCUGCCGGCGGGGACAAGAAGGUCAUCGCAACAAAGGUUUUGGGAACAGUAAAAUGGUUCAAUGUAAGAAACGGAUAUGGUUUCAUCAACAGGAAUGACACCAAGGAAGAUGUAUUUGGACACCAGACUGUCAAAAAGAAGAAUAACCCCAGGAAGUACCUUCUCAGUGUAGGAGACGGAGAGACGGUGGAGUCUGAUGUUGUUGAAGGAGAAAAGGGUGCGGAGGCAGCAAAUGUCACAGGCCCUGGUGGAGUUCCAGUGCAAAGCAGUGAAUAUGCAGCGGACCGUAACCAUUAUAGACGCUGUCCACGUCGCAGGGGUCCUCCACGCACUUACCAGCAGAAUUACCAGAAUAGUGAGAGUGGGGAAAAGAAUGAGGGAUCGGAGAGUGCUCCUGAAGGCCGGGCCCAAAAGCGCCGGCCCUACCGCAGGCCACUUCCCCCUUACUACCUGCGGAGACCCUAUGGGCGUCGACCACAAUAUUCCAACCCUCCUGUGCAGGGAGAAGUGACGAAGGGAGCUGACAACCAGGGUGCGGGAGAACAAGGUAGACCAGUGAGACAGACUAUGUAUCGGGGCUACAGACCACGAUUUCGCAGGGGCCCUCCUCACCCAAGACAGCCUAGAGAGGACAGCAAUGAAGAAGAUAAGGAAAAUCAAGGAGAUGAGACCCAAGGUCAGCAGCCACCUCAACGUGGGUACCGCCGCAACUUCAAUUACCGACGCAGACGCCCAGAAAACCCUAAACCACAAGAUGGCAAAGAGACAAAAGCAGCCGAUCCACCAGCUGAGAAUUCGUCCGCUCCCGAGGCUGAGCAGGGCGGGGCUGAGUAAAUGCCGCCUUACCAUCUCUACCAUCAUCCGGCUUAGUCAUCCAACAAGAAGAAAUGAAUAUGAAAUUCCAGCAAUAAGAAAUGAACAAAAGAUGGGAGCUGAAGACCUUAAGUGCUUGCUUUUUGCCCGUUGACCAGAUGACUAGAACUAUCUGCAUUAUCUAUGCAGCAUGGGGUUUUUAUUAUUUUUAUCUAAAGACGUCUCUUUUUGGUAAUGACAAACG